AUGAACUCUCGGCAAUUACAACUACAGGUCGAACGCCUUUCCGCCGCUGUACGUGUUCCAACCGAGAGCUACGAUGAUAAUGGGGAUGUCGACGAGGAUCCUCGCUGGGAAACGUUCCAGGACUUACACCAGGUACUGAAACAAUUACUUCCGCUUGUGCACUCGCAACUUGAGCUUCGCAAGGUAAAUCGCUACGGUCUUUUAUAUACAUUUAGAGGUGAGGAUGCUUCUAAGAAGCCCAUUCUAUUGACGGCACAUCAAGACGUCGUCCCUGCGGGGACUGCUUCUCGUUGGACAUAUCCGCCAUAUGAAGGGUAUUUUGAUGGGUCUUUUAUAUGGGGCCGAGGGGCGGCUGACUGUAAGAACGUUCUCAUCGGUAUCCUCUCGGUUAUUGAAGAUCUACUCUCGCAAUCCUUUGUGCCUCGCCGCACUAUCGUACUCGCAUUUGGUUUUGACGAGGAGACAGGCGGUGUUAGAGGCGCAGCCGCAUUAAACCAAUCUCUGGUUGAAGAAUGGGGCCUGGAAUCAUUCUUGUUUGUUUUGGACGAAGGUGGCAUGGGGAUACAGAGUCAAGGGGAUGUUCUCUAUGCUUAUCCUGGCGUAGGGGAGAAAGGGUACUACGAUAUCCAGCUGACACUCGAGGUCAAGGGCGGCCACAGCUCGAGACCCCCGAAGCAUACCGGUAUUGGUAUUAUGGCAGAUGCAAUCGUAGCACUGGAAAAUGAGCCCUAUGUUCCCCGUUUAACACGUUCAAACCCGUUUCGCAGGGUAUUAGAAUGUAGAACGAGAUACUCCCCUGGUGCAGUUCAACCAUGGUUACGUGAUGCACUUCUCAGUGGAGACGAGUACGAAAUUGCCGAGAAGCUCGCUGAAGAAGAAACAGAAGAGAAAUGGUUGGUUCAAACAAGCCAGGCCAUCGAUGUCAUUAACGGAGGUGUUAAAGUCAAUGCUCUGCCCGAGAAUGUUGAAUUCCAAGUGAAUCACCGCGUAGCGCUACAUGAAUCCAACCAGUUGAAACUCACAACACCUCGCAUACAGAGGACUCGGAACUAG